ACGCGCUGUCGCUGCCAGCUGAUCCAUUCAGUGACUCACGGAAGCUAGUAGUGAAGAGACGUGGUAACAGAACCACAGCAUGACGUUCCUUGACACCGAGUUUAUUGAUGAGGAGUGAAGAUUAUCGUGGAUAUCGACGUUCGUGAAAACAUUCGUGUUUACUAGUAACCUGUUAGUUCCUGGGAGCACCCACCUGCACAACAACUGGAAUAUAUAAAGCUGACUGGACAUCUCUACAAGACACGAGUGUUGAUUAUCAGGUAUGGCGUGUCGUUCUUCACUGUGACCAACGUGUGUUAAGUUCUCCUCUUAUAGUGAUACAGUUUUGUCCAAUGAUAACGUGAACACCCUCCCAGAUGCUAGCCUGACCACGUCCACUACCUGCCAGAAUGAAGAUGCCGCCGCCAGUCACUAGAUGGCUCUGCCUCUUCAUUAUCUUGGCUCAUGGUGUGAGAGGUCAACUGAGUGUUGGCAGCGCAGACUCUUUCCUCGUCGACGACCUGGACACAACUGGUGAUUCUGCGGUUGCUGGAGCUGUAGGGAUCACUUCAUUAGCCACUGCGACUGAUCAUGUGGAUGCCGAUAUUGCUAAGGAUGCUGCUGAUGUUGCUGUCAACCCUGGAGAUGCUGCUGACUAUAAUUCCCAGGGAGCCUCCUCAGCUGACGAUCCUCAGCUAGCAACAGCCAUUGAUGAACCGGUGGAGGAAACUACUCUUCCUGACUUCGACUAUGACUUGAUGGAUGAGGUGGCAGUAACAACAGAGUCUGAAGGGCUGUCUGAGGAUGAAAUUAGUAGAAGAACAGGAGCAAUGGAGUAUUACGACUAUCCCACUGGCUUUACAGCAGGAUUAGAUGAUGGAGACUUGGAGGGAACUACUUUGACUGUACCUCAGUUGACACGACGCAUCAUAUACUCGGGCGGACCAUCCCUCACAACAGCUGUUCCUGAGCCAUCAGUGACAUUUACUCGACCAUCGUCAUUGGUUCGUGUUCUCAGCGAUACAGAUCAAGAAGAUUGGUUACCUAACUGGCCCUCUCACCUCCUAGACAACAAUGGUAGACCAACACGAAGGCCAACAAUAAGAUUCCCAACUGUAUCUCCCUCAACUGCUUUUGUUCCAUCUUCAGUUCCUUCAUCUGCCAUUGUUCCUGCCUCUACACCAGUGCCUUCUAUUGACCCAACUUUCACCGUGAGCAAAGUACCUGUAACACAGUACUUCUUUGACCUGCCCUCGGUUGUCCCAACUCCUGUUCCAGGUCCUCUCUUUCAUGAAGAAGAUCUAAGUGUGCCUGUUUCAGCAUCACCCUCUAUUGCACCUGACUUGAGGCAACCUGUUAUUGAGCUGUCCUCGAGUAUUUCAGAAUUACAAUCAAGUGUCCUCAUGGAGGCAGUAAGGCCAUUUACUGUCACUCCCUCUCUAUCUGGUUUGGGCCCAUCAGUACUAGUAGAGACUACGGAUAGCCUCUCUUCAAGAACAACUUUCGCUGCUACACCACUUUCAUCACUGGCUUUCCCGUCAGCCUCUGCUAUACUUGAUGAGCCUGCGGAGAGAGAAGUUGUCGACAAUACCUUAGAUGAUGAAAUAGAUAAUGUCAAUGUAACAUUAGUUGCCAAAGAUACCCAAGAUCAUGGCACAGAAACCACAGGACCAAGACCUCCACAGACUCGUCCAGAUACUCUUGGAGAUGACCCUGAUUAUUUUGAAUCUACAACAGCUGGUGAAGUCCCUCUUGAUGUCAGUGUUGCAGCAUUGCCAGGUACAGGCGAACCAAAUUCUCUCCCUUCAGACACCACUUCUGCCCCUGUUCAACCCAACCCUGCUAGUGAGAGUGACCUGAUGACAACUACAAGCACAAGUGCCUUGGGUAGUGUAAAGCCAACUUUUAUACGUACUUCGCAGGCUGCAAACUCCUCUAGAACUCCUUUGUGGAUGCUUUUAUCGCAAUCAACGCCUUCUCGAACUGUAAAUACACAGCUAUUACGCUCUCAGCCAACCUCUUCUGCUACUAGUUUUCCAGAUACCAAUACCAUAACUGCUUUGGCUACUUCCUCAUCUCCCAAAGAAGAAACUGAUCCCCUUGACUCAGAUGUCUCUCAGACCCCUGCCCUUUCCUCCUCUACAGUUAGCAUCGAUGAACUACUGGAGACUACUGCACAGUCUACAACAUCUCCUGUAGAUAAUAGCAAAUCCACACAGAAUGAUAGUCCAAAUGAUGUUAUUACCACUCCUAUACCAACAGAAGCUACAGUUACCACCCCCAGUAAUAAUGUAUCUGAGGAUGCCGACCCCACACAAGACAUUACAGAAUCCUCCACUUUGGAACCCUCCAAUAAUAAGAGUUCAGAAUUAACCCCAGGUGUCAAUUCAAUAGAUGACCCCUCAAGUGAUGUUACACAAUUAGACACAGAUUUAUCUGAAAAUAAUAUCCCAGUUGUUCUCGAAACAACUGAGAGCAUGGGAGAGCCCACAGAUUCUACAUCAAAUAGGUCCUCUUUGUCCCAUUUACCAGAGGGGGAUGUACUGGGGACCACAACAGAAAGAGACCAAGGGAUCUCAGAUGAGCCAAUUGUAAUUACUUUACCUGAAGAAGACCCUACAGAUCCACCCUCCAGUCAAAGAGAAAUUUCACCUGUGGUCACUUCAACAGACAGUGAUAGGGUAACACCACAUGAUAGUGCCACCUGGACUCCUGUUAUGGAUCUAACAGAAACCACAGUUCAAAUUGUGUCAGUGACCUCUCCCUCUUCUGUGGUGCCUACCACUUCCCAAAUCUCUUCACUGCCCCCAGAAAUGACAGGUGGAUUUACCCCAAUUAAGAGUGAAACUGAUGAGUCUAGCAUUUUGCCUCAUACUGAGGUAUUGCCUGAUAUUAGUACCAAUCUUUCUCCAACUUCUACCCCUGCAAUAGUUGAGAGCACUGCUACACUCCCUGCACCGUUUGAUGGUUCCAGCACUAAGUUUGCACACUCACCUUCUGUCACAGAUUUUUCUGCAGCAACCCCUGUGUUGGGAACUGACCUUGAGUCACACUUUGAUCAGUCUUCAGUAGAAGAGCAUUUAUCAUCUAGUAUAAUUAUAAAGGAAGAAACUGAAUAUUCCCCCAUUUUAUUCCCCACAACAGUUCACACACCAAUAAAGGAUGAAUUUACUUCCAUAUCUUUGGUUCCAAUGUUUACUGAACCUGUACCAACCCCUUCUAUAACUGUCACUGCUGUGUCUGAGGUCGAGUCCACACUAACAGAGAAGAGCCCUGAACCCACCAUUAUAGUGACAGAAAAACUACCUUCUUCCCCAACUGAGUACAUUCCAGAAAUAUUCCCCAGCUCUUCUGAUUCAUCUAUUUUGGCUACUCCUUCAUCAACAAAUACUGAAAACAUAUCUUCAGUUCCUUCACUUUCCUCCAUCCCACCAGACUUCUCAGAUUCCUCAGUCACUCCAGAUAUCCCCAUGUCCUCAGCAUCAAUAGCCACCCUCCCCACGUCCUCUACUGGUCCUGCUUUGGACUCACCAACCUUGGUUGCUCCGACAGCCACAGAUGUCCCCACCACGAGUCCUACACAGAUCACAACUCCCGAAGUACCUACCGAGGGCACUGAAGAAGGUACACACGAAGAACUUCCUGAAGAAGAAGUGUCAACAGUGGCAGAGAUCCCAUCUUCAACACCCAAGGUCCCCACACCUAUAUCAGUAACAACACCGACCACAUCCACAACAACAAAGACAAGUACAACCAAAGUCACAGUACCACCAACAACCUCCACUUCACCAGUUCCCACAACACCCUCAAGUGAAGUGCCCACCUUCAUGGUCCCAACUGAGACCAUACCAUCCCUCACCACUACUGUGAUGCUUCCAAAUGGCACAAUGAUAGAGCUUCCUCUGCCCUACAUCAGGGCUCUUGUAGCUUACAGUAAUGGAGAGUUCUGUCACCACAAGCAAAAUUUCCGUACCAUGCUUGCACAGUGGAUCAGUCAGCAUUUGGAAGGAAAAACGUACGUGGAACCUCGAGACAUUGAGUUCUUCAAUAUGCCAGACUGUGUCACGACCAAACCAUCUACUGAAGACCAUAUUAAUCAUCUACCUGAAGACCUUAGUCACUCAGAGCUUGAGUCUGAUGAUAAAAUGAACCUUCUAUUGGAUAACGAAAAGACAAACGUUUAUUUCUACGUCACCAGUUCUGGCAAAAUUGAUCCUGAAUUAACAGAACAAUUCCCACUUUUCCCAAUGGACCUUGAAAUAAGUGAAGAUUUGACCUACUUGAAAACCAAGGUGUCACAGUUGGAGCUGGUCCGUGCUGAUGGCUCCACCAACUCAGACCCAUUGCUGGAGGAGGUGGCGGCAGUUGGCACCUCUGUCAUUGUGAUCAUUGUCAUCUGCAGCAUUGUUGGAAUUACAAUUAUUGUGGCUCUUCUUUUCUUUAUGGUUGUGAAGAGACGAGGUGCCACAAACAACUAUUAUGGGCGUCGUUGCACACCGGUCAGCAUGGAUGCUUACAGUAUGGACAGUGUCUCUGUCUACCACUCUUUCAGGCGUAAGAGCAAGAGACGAGCUUCUGGUAGAUCUGUCAAAUCUUACCUCAACCAGGCCUUUGAUGACCCGAAUGGGCCCACACGUCCCUUGAACUUUGCCAAGCUCACUCACUUCAUCUCUGACAUUGAUGGUGUAUAUGAGGAGUUUGGAACCAUUCCUGUCAACAUGCCCAAGUAUGAUGAGUUGCCAUCAGGUGUUGAGGAUAAAAACAGGUAUGCUAAUGUGAUCCCUGUACCAGAGACUCGAGUACUCCUAAAGUUACUUAAAGAUUCCCGAAACUCAGAAUACAUCAAUGCUAACUACGUGCGUGGUGCCAGGAAUGAAUCCAAGUACUAUAUCGCUACACAGGCUCCUUUGGAUGACACUGUAGCAGACUUUUGGAGAAUGAUCUGGGAGCAAGAGACAAAGGUAGUAGUGAUGCUAACAGACUUUGUGGAGAAAGGCAUUGACAAGUGUGCAGAUUAUCUCCCACCUUCAGAGACGUUAGAUUGCCAUCGAUUAUAUGGUGAUUUCCAAGUGACCCUCAAAUCUCGAGAUAUGAGAGAAAAAUAUGUGGUUUCCAAUGUUCAACUCAAGAAUCUGGAAAAUAACCUAGUUCGUGAGGUGGCCCACAUGUGGUUCACCGGGUGGCCGGCGUCUGGUGUACCGAAUGAGGAGACGGCAUUUAUAUCUUAUAUCCUUGACGUAAGGAGGACACGGAAAAAGCUCAGAGCAAAGGGGCCAAUAGUUGUACACUGCAGUCCUGGAACUGGUCGCACGGGUACACUUUUGGCAUGUGACAUUGUUAUGAAACAGUUUGAGGACCAGCGCAGUGUUGAUGUUCCUAGGACAGUGUACUCCAUCAGGAGAGACCGAGCUGGUGCUGUGCAAACUAAGGAACAAUAUGCUUUCAUCUAUAGAGUGAUCAACUUGUAUGCAUCAAAGCUCACAUCAGGCAAUCUGGAUUCCCUCUAGUGACACAGGACUUUUAAUUCUUCUUGACCGUGUAUCUAAGCUAUUGCUACACUAUAUUACCAUUCUCAGACAUGUUGCACUUUUAAUGUUAUCAUGAAAUUAUGAAAACAAAAAAAGCAUAUGGAUUGGUAGGUAAUUUUAUGAUGUGCCUUUCAUUAACCAAAAGUGCAAUACACCACAGAAGUCUUAUUACUCUAAUGACCUAUUAUGCAUUAUAUACAAUAUUUUAAUAAGUAUAAACAUAUGUAUAUAUCAUUACAUGUAUGACUAGCAAUUGUUACGGUUAUAGUGUUAGCAUUGUGGUCAUAUAUUCAUGCAUGCAACUCUUGGAAUUAAGACAAUUAUUCAUGUACAAAGAAGGUGAAGCCAAUAUUACUGCUACAUAUUUAUUAUGUAUUUUUAUAAGCAUAUGACCUGUUAGUAUAUGAAGUCUAUAAAUAUUAUGUAAUUUUUUUCUCCUGUCUAUAUAAAUAAAUCUUUUAUUUUCGUAGAUUAAAAUGUUUGUGAUCUUGAAUAUGUUUAUUAAUAUAAAAUAUACAUGUAAAUUUUUAUUUUGAGAAGCAUUUGAAGGUUGUAAGUAAAUGCAGUGCAUUUCUAAUCAAAGCAACGGGUACAGUAGUGUGACUUUUGGGGGGAUAAUUGUAUCUGAUAUAUUUGUUAAGAAUUAAGUUUUGUUUGGAACAAUGGAUAAAGCAAGAGAUCUGUUAAAGAAUAAAAUAUCUAAGUAACGAAAUUAAGCAGUUGUUUAGCUGUGUUUGUACAGUAGCAUGAAGUUGUUUCAUCUCUUUUUCAUAGUGAUAUUACUUUCUCAUAAUAACUCAUUCAUUGCUUUAUUGCUACAUUAUGUACUACUGAAAUAUUUUAUUUUGUAUUAACAUUUUCCAAAUGUUCAAGAGGCAAUUUCAGUCAACCGAUGUCUAGAGUAUGUCUGUGGAUGUUAAUGUCUUACUGUAGUUUGGAUAUUUCUGCUAGAACACAAAGGGAUAUAAAAUUAGGAUGACCCUCGAAUGAUGCAAUUGUUGAAUGUCAAAAGAAAAAUUAAUACUGUAACAAUAAUCAGUAUUUAUUUGCCAAACAGACAAUAUUUUAAUCUUUUCGUGUCAUUUAUCACCCUGCUUUAUCCCUUCACAAGACAUAUUAAACAAAAAGUAUAUUGAUUUAUCCAUGAUAACGUGGUCUUCUACAUGUUGAAGUUAAUACUGAGGUGUCUCAUGCUUCUAGACUUUAAUGUCUUAGCGUACAGGAUCCUGGGGAUUCCAAAUUGACAUAUUGUAAAUAGCUUUUGCAUUGGUGACAACUUACACACUAGGUUCUAAUAACUACAAAUGUGAUAACUACUGAUAUAAAUACAAUAUCAUAAGUGUAUUUGUGUAUAGAAAUUAAAAUACUUUGACAUUUAAACAAGGCUCUGGGUGAUGAAACCUGCCAUAGCUGUUGUACUCAAAACGUGUAACAGAAUAUCGAUGGUUCUGAUUUAAUAUAGCUUCAAUGUUAUCCUGAAUAUUAAUCUUAACCUCAUUUGGCAACCUACCAUAAUUAGUAUGAUUGUUUUUUAUACCACUUAAAGAGUCUUUCCUACAAUAAUUCAAGGCAUCUAUUAUUGAGAGCAAAUACAAGCUGUUUACUCUUUUUCUCUCUUUAUUUAUAUUCAUUCCUUUUUGUGAAUGUAUUAAGAAAUUAGUUUAUCAAGUUGCUGUUUUCUCUUUACUUUGGAUCAUCAAUUUCACUAUUCAAAAUACUGUACUGUACUGUAUACAUAUCCUCAUAAAUGCAUAGCAAUGUGUUUUAUAUUUUUGUAAAGCAACAAUUACAAAAUAUUUAAUUCUGGUCAUACAAACAAGCAUCACCUUAUACCAGACCAUACAUUACAGUAAACAUAUUAAAGCAAGAAGUGAGUAGAUGGCUUUCACAGAGCACGAAGGGGCAAUUACUUAGCAUUAUAUGUAGUGGUCACAGUACUGUACAGUACUCAAGGGACAGAAACAAACACAGGUAGAUCAUAUAUGCAUUUAUUGCCUUCACUAAUUUUAUAAUGAGUUCCAGUUUGAUAACUAUUAUCUUUGCAAUGUACUAUUACUGUCACUGACAAAUCAACAAAUUUACAGUCAUACUGUAUUCCAAACUGUCGGGUAUUAUGAUAGUGUGAGCAGAAUGACUAAAGUUCAUUCUGGAUUUCCUAUUAUUUCUUUUACUGACACUUGCUCAGAAUAUUAAUAUGUAGUAACAUUUAAUCAGUAAACACAGUGUAGUAGGGUUAAUUUUAUAAUUCUCAAGCUGUGAGGGGCAGAGCGUGAUAAACAUGUCCCCUGUAAUGUCAUUCAGAAACUGUACUGUAUUUGAAAUAUCUCAUUAUGCACAAGUACAGGAAGCUGUUAGGUCACUCUGGUUAGUUGAUAAAUUAAUUUCUAAAUUUCAGUUUCAGUUCCUUUAACAUGACAUUUUGUUGUCAUUUAAAAUAAAAUGUAAAUAAAUUUAUUUACAGAGUUCACACAUUGAAUAUGAAUCUCCAUUUAAUGUUUGGUGAUGUGUGCUUCCCUAAAAUGAAGAAACUGUGAUAAUUAGACACUGAAUACUAGACAUAGUGUACAUAUAAAUAAAUUUACUUUGAAUCACUCAUUCAUCCAUGGUUUUAAUGGCUUCACAGUUGUUGGUUGACACAUAACCAUUACAGUAAUACUUACUCUUAUAUUGAAAGAAAAUUUCCCGAAACAACUCAAUUUUGUUUUUAAAAGUCACAUGUUAAGCAAGAUAAAGGAUUAUUAUCAAGGUGAUUGAGUGAUUCACUUCACAACAGGAGUUAUACCUUCAUGUUUGUAAAUGCAUUUUCACCAUCUAAAGUCUUUUGUAUAGGAUGUGAAUUUAGUUUAGAGAAAUAAACUACCCACAAUCA